AUGACCUCUGGUACCCCGAUCACCGCGGGCACCGCCCGGACGAGCGAGGAGUCCAAACGGUCGUCGUCACGCUUCGAGUCCGCAGCCGGGUCGACCGCUUUGUCGCCCAUUGACGACCAAACCCCGCCGUUUCUGGAGCACGCCUUUGCCGAGUCCACGGGGCACAACAAGCUGCACAAGACGCUGGUGAUGCCUACCUCCUCGCCACCACCACCACCACCAGUAGUGUCAUCAGUACCAUCAGUGCCACCAAUGCCGCAAUUACCACCGCCGCCAGUCCCGGGAGCAGGACCACCGCCCCAGUUAUCACAACGCCCGACUGUCCUGACGAAGCCCAGCGCGCCAACCCGGCCCCCACCACCGCGACCGGUCCCAGAGAGCGGCAGGCGAACAGACCGAAGCCCGUCACCCGAGCGGCCAGCGUCGAAAGCAAAACUCCAAUCCACCCGACUACAGCCUCGGAAUCAGUCUCCAAGCUCGGACCCCCGUGGCCGGAGCGUCUCAGCACAGCCUCCGCUCGUUAUCCCGGUGGCCGACGGCAACCAUGGCUCGCGAGCCGUGUCCAGUCCGAUCCAAGCUGGGCCGCCGGCGCAUUCUGGACAACAUCUGCUGAAGCCCGGCACGGAAGGCAGUCCGCCGCCUGGACUUGCGGCGGAUAAGCGGAAGAGGAAGAGCUGGUUCCCUGGUGCGCGGUCGAGGGCGAAUUCGGAUGCCGGACAGGCCAAGAGCCCGGGGGCUUGGAUCAUGUCUCAGGAGAACCAGGCCGACUACAACACGAGCUUGUUGGUGAAUGGGGAGAAGGUCCCUGAACUUUGGAACGAGGGCGGGAACGUGCUGGUGUAUCUCCAUCCCAAGGAGGCCAACCUAGGGCCGAGCUUCAGGGUGGCUGACCACCUCGUGAGCAACUCGCCGAUGCUCAUGGAGAUCCUGGUCACGGAGAUGAUGGGUGCCACGUCGCACAAUGAAGGGAACUUCGACGGCAGCGGCGCUUUGGACUACCCUACCGUAAUACAGGAGGGCCACCUGUACCUCCCCCUGGGCAACACCGACGUCGAGUGUCUGGUGGCUGCCCGGAACCUAUUCGCGUUCCUGACACACCAACCGCUUGUGGGCACCGACGAGCACCCCAACUUCUUCGCAGCGCUGCUCCAGAUCGCGGGUCUCCUGCGGCGUUUCUGCUUCACAAGCUACGACGGCAACUCGUUCGGCGACGCAGUCACCGCGGCACUCGACGUGUUCAUGGACCACACGGGCAUCGCGGACGUGCGCCACAGCCGGGAGAAGACGCUGGAGGCGCUCAUCCUGGCCGAGCAGCUCAAGUCGUGGACGCUGUACAACGAGGCCUUUGUGCACGCCGUGGGCAAGUACGAAUUGCUCACCGAGCUCAGGUCGCCGCUGUACGACCGCAUCUCGGUCGACACGCGCCAGCGGAUGGACCGCGCGCACCUGGACCUGGUCAACCGCCAGGCCAGCGUCAACACGCGGCUGGAUGCGUUCGAGUUCCCUUCGCUGUUUGCGGGCAUCGCGAGCUCGACAUCGACCGAGGAGUACCGCAACGUCAAGUUCAAGGAGUGGCGCAACUCGUACGCCAAGAUGCGCACCUUUGUGAUGGGGUACUACAAGGGCCUCUUUGGCAACUGGCCGCCGCGCGCCCGUAGCAAGAAGAACCACUUCUCCCAGAGCGGGCUCAACCGCCAGUGCCUCAAGAUUCUGUACUCGGACUUUUGCGCCCUGUACGACCUCUUGGUGGAUCGGCAGUCCAUCACGCCCCGCGUUAUCGGCGAGGGGUACGACGAGGAAGCCGAUUCUUCUCAAGAGAAAGACAAAAAGGGCGACAGGGCCCGCGAGGCGUCGUCGAUCUCGGCGCUGCGUAAGGUGCUCGGCGAGUUCGACAAGUCGUCACCCCCCGUCCUGCCGCCGAUCCCCUUUGACGUGCCCAAGCUGCCGAGCAUGACGGCCAUCUACGAGAACUACCACGACCUGCCGGCCAAGAAGCAGGCCAAGUACAGCAAGUCGGUGCAGCCCCACGAGCUGCAGCUGAUCCUGCUCAAGUCGCGCAACAUCGAUACCGACGCGCUGCACCUCCCCUUCCUGGACGCCUUCAAGGACUUUGAGCUGCGCGAGUCCCGCGGCACCCACCCGUCCGACCUCGCCGACCAGCGCAUCGGCAACUGGCUGUUUCUUUAUGUUGUAUUGCAGUCCCUGCCCAUGCUCGUCGUCGAUGCCCCCGGCUUGCGGUAUACUGAGGGAGUAGAAGACUUUCUCUGCCAGGCGCCCAAGGGUAACCCGCCGUGGACCGAAGACGCCGGCCAAACCCGCAAAAUGUGGUUCCAGACCACCAAGUCCAACGUGGUGGAACUCUCGGCCGACGUGGUCAUGUUUUCCGUGGAGGGCACCUAUAUGCGCUCGCACUGCUGGCUUGCGGCCAAGGACUGGGACGCUGGGCAUCAGGGGCACCAUGGCCAACAACAACACACACCCACAACCCAAUCCCCCGCGCCGUCCUCCCCCCAUCUCCUCCCCCACGCCCGCCCCCGCAGCGGUUCCGACGACCGCGCUCGCCAAGCCUUUCGCGCCAGUAUCGCCAUCGGCCUCGAGCCCUUGCCACUCCCCGCUGCUCCACACCCUCCGACUGGUGCACCGGGGGCUGCGGCAUUUGAUCGGGCUUCGAGGGUUAUGAGUUUGGGGUCUAUGUCUGGGCUUUCUUCUUCCGCCGCCGGCAUGGGAGCAGGAACAGGGACAUGGAGUCCCAGUGGGACGGGGACACCCGGAACGACGGGGAGUGCAGGGCCGGGGAGUCCUGCUUUUGGACCGGUUGGUGGAACUGGAAGCAGUGGAAAUGGGAAUGGGAACGGGAAUGGAGAUAUGUACCAGUUGGGGUUGCGGGUUAGUAGGUCGGCCGCCAAUCUCGGACAGUUGGGUGGUAGUGGGGGGGAUUAUCUCAGUGCUGGUGGUGCAGGGGGCCAGCCGAGAAAGUCGAGUUAUGGUGCGUUUGGGAUUGGACCGUCGAAUCUUGGGCCUGGAGGCGGCGGUGGUGGGGAUCCGGGUCAUGGUCAUGGUCAUGGUCAUACUCAAAACCAUGGUCACGGUCACGCCGUGAGAGACUCGAUGGGCGGGGGCAGCACGUUUGAUGAUAUCCUGAAGGGGAUGGAUGAUAAGGGGAAGAAGAAGAAGAAGCUGUUUUUCUGA